AUUCCCAAUAUUUAUCUCAUGACAAUUAACAACUACCCGCCUUAGUACCUGCAAUUGCAUCUGUUCGUCUGUUAGCGAAAAGAAGCAAUUAGAGAAGACCGAACAAGUCAAUGUUGGACAUUUGUAUUUUAUCAGUUCUAGAGAUUGCGAUACACUGUUCAUACAGUUGCCCUCACUUUUGCAAGAAUGGCCGAUGAAAACGAGAAUUCUGCUCCAUCAGUUCAAGACUGCUGGAAGGCGAUGCAACAUGGAUCAAAGAUGAUCAAACUGGAUGUCAACAGGAAGGGCCAUCAUAAAAAAACCUUUGUCCUUGAUAAAGAGAUGACAGAAAUAAGAUAUGAGCCGUCAAAGAAGAACUCUCGGUUUAAGAUUGACAAAAUGACAGAAAUACAAUUUGGAGACAGCGUCAAGGACCUCUUCCAAGGAUUUUUGAAAAAGCAUUCCCUUGAGAACUGUAUUUCCAUUAAGUUUGGCAACAAUGGGGGUAGUGCAGCUCUCAAUGUGGUGGCAGAGUCAAGGGAAGUGGCAGACUUUUGGAUAAGAGGACUUCAAAAGCUCAUUAUCAACAAAGGUAAUCUCGAGAAGGAGGACAAGGAAAAUCGCGAUCAAUAUCCUUUCACACUUUUAUUAAAUAUUGAAAAUCAUCUGGAAUUCUCAUCUUCAUGGCUCGUGGAAGCCUUUGAGAAAUUUGACAAGAACAAAGAUGGCUCAUUAGGUUUGAAGGAAGUUCAGAGACUUGUCGAAGCUUUGAACGUCAGCAUGAGUCCAAGCCAAGUGAAAAAGAAAUUUAAGGAAGUGAACACAGAUGGCGACGCAGCGCUUAAUAAAGACGAGUUUGCCACAUUCUUCAAGACAAUAUCUACAAGAAAGGAAAUUGUCGAUCUCAUGAAGCAGAAUUCAUCUAAUGGAGCACACAUGAAUGAAGAUGAUUUCCAUUAUUUUGUAACAAAUGUACAAGGGAUGCCUAACGCCAGCAGAGAAUACUGCUUGGAUAUGAUUUUGACCCAUGAACCAACAGAGACGGGGAAGAGGAGGCAUGAAUUAGGAAUUGACGGGUUGACGAGCUACCUCAAAUCUCCAGAGGGGGACAUUUUCGACCCCGCCCAUGACAAAAUUUACCAAGACAUGACUCACCCGCUCACUCAUUACUACAUUGCCUCGUCCCACAACACUUAUCUUCUACAAGAUCAGCUCCGUGGUCCGUCCAGUGUGGAUGCUUAUAUCAAUGCUCUGAAGAAAGGUUGUCGUUGUGUAGAGUUGGACUGUUGGGAUGGCGAUAAUGGAGAACCUAUUGUUUAUCAUGGUCAUACGCUCACCUCCAAGAUUCUCUUCAAGGAUGUCAUCGAAGCUGUUAAUAGAUAUGCGUUCGAGGUUUCGGAAUAUCCGGUUAUCCUCUCCUUGGAAAACCAUUGUAAUCUUUCAAAUCAAAAGAAAAUGGCUGAAAUACUCGAAGAAAUACUUGGCGAUACACUGUACAAAAUUCCCGUAGAUAAGGAAUUCGAUACUUUUCCAUCUCCAGAGUUCUUCAAGAACAAAAUUCUCAUCAAGGGUAAGAAAUUAAAACCAGAGCAAGAGAAAGAUGGUGACGACGAAGGUGACGUCACAGAUGAAGACGAAGCAGCUGAUAUUGAUCAAGAGGCAGCUUCGGUUGCAAUGGCAAAAGAAAAUGCGGGCGCGGAAGCUGGUUCGAGUGCAGGCGCAGAAGGACCCUCUACCACCAGUACUUCUCCUCCGGUUAAAAAGAAGCAAAAGAAACCAAAAAAGGAAAGCAUUCGUAGAUCUUUUCGUUCCGUUGGUAAAGUGGUACGCAGCGCUGGUAAAUUUAAAGACGAAACAGAUGAUGAAAAGAGCGGCAAGAAAAAGAAGAAACAGAAGCUGGCCAAAGAGCUCUCCCGCUGCGUAAACUACGUGUCCAGUGUGGGAUUCAAGGGUUUUGAACACGCCAAACAAAAUAGCAAGUUUCACCAAAUGUCUUCUUUUGUGGAAUCCAAAAUGGUCAACUUGGUGAACUCUCAAGGAGCUGAGUUUGUUGAAUACAACAAGAGACAGCUCAGCAGAAUUUACCCGGCCGGAGGGAGAGUGGACUCUAGUAACUACAACCCUCAACAGGCCUGGAACGCGGGAUGUCAAAUAGUUGCCUUAAACUACCAAACGGAUUCUGAACCCAUGCACUUGAACCAAGGAAAAUUUAGAACAAAUGGACGAGCUGGCUACAUUCUGAAGCCUAAAGUUCUACGAGACUCCUCAUUAAAGUUGAAUCCUCUCACUAAGACGGAAAUUCCCGGUGUGGAGAAGGUUACACUAUCCAUAACGGUCAUUUCUGGUCAACAACUUCCAAAGCCAGCUAAAGAAGGAGAAAAAGGAGAGAUCAUUGAUCCUUAUGUAAAACUCGACUUUCAUGGCAUACAAGCUGACACAGCGUCUUUUAAGACGAAAGUCGUCAAAGACAAUGGUUUUAAUCCAGUGUGGAAGGAGAGGUUUGAAAAGGUUUUGCUGAUGCCGGAGCUCACCAUGAUUCGAUUUGCCGUAUUCGACGAAGAUGUUGGAAUUGCGGACGACUUUAUUGGCCAGUUCUCCAUUCCCUUCACCAGUUUAAGACCAGGUUACAGGCAUAUUCAUUUGUUGAGUAACAAAGGCGAAUCUCUAGGCUAUGCAACCCUCUUCGUUAACAUUGAGAUCAACAGCUCAGGAUCCAACAGCAAUACGUCUUCACAUAUGGAGACGGCUUCACCGACGAUCUCGAGAUUUUAGAUGAUGAUCACCCAUUUAGCACGAAAUUUCUUUAUUUUCUUCGCUGACUCGUCCCCAGUCGUCUGUCUACCUUUAGGAAAGCGCGCGGGAUCUGCGCUAAUGUUAGUCUCCCGCGAAAAAUACGAGACGACUAGGGACGAGUUAGUCUUCUUUGCUUUCUUCUACCGGAAUCUUUGGUCAACUUAUAUUAUAAGGGUAAUAAGUUGUUAACGUGUAUCGUCACGAGUGGAUCACUUUUCAGUUGAGUGUCGCGAGACCACAACCAAAAUAUUUAAAAAAGCCAAUCAGGAAGAAGGCGACUAUAAUAAGGAACCAAUGAGACCUCAUGUUAAAAAAAAGCACGUCUGCAAAUGGCCUGAAGCGCGGGAAAACGCAACUGGCGAAGUCAUGUCUGAUUGGUUUAGAGAGUGGCGCAAAACCUGCUAUGCCUUCCCGGCAUACUCUCGACACUCGUUUGAAAACUGUCCGAGAAAAGUCAUUUUUGUUUGGCUAGUGUUUAUGUAAAAAUAAUGAAAACUGUAUGUUAAAUUUAACGGGAUGUAACGGCAAUAGGAAUGUUUCUUCCAGCUAGGAGUCACAUAUUUUCGGUGCUCAUUCCCAGCUAAUAAUACGAGAUGAAUUCUUAACCGAGAAAUUGACUUAGAAAAAAUGAUUGAUUCAUUUAACUGAUAAUAAAGGAUUCAACCAAUUCGACGCGAUUUAUUACAGCAAAAGGUAAGUUAUUUCGUAAUAACAUAUUUAGGGUAGACCUGAAGAAAUGUUUAUUUAUAAUGUAGCUAAUUAGGCGAGUACUUUCAUUUGAAAAUCUCAUCCUUCUGGUUUUUGACAUAAUGGUGUUAUUUCUGAAUUGUUUUGAAGGGAAAUAAUCCAAAAUGCAUUAUGAUUCGUUGUGGGUCGGCAAAAUUAAAUGGAACCGGAUUUUUCUCGGGAUAUAGAAGCCUUAAUAGGGACAAGUAAGGGCGUGUGU